AUCAGUCGCCAUGGCCAGAACCAAGCAGACCGCUCGUAAGUCCACCGGAGGCAAAGCCCCCAGGAAGCAGCUGGCCACCAAGGCCGCCCGGAAGAGCGCCCCGGCCACCGGCGGAGUGAAGAAGCCUCACCGCUACAGGCCCGGUACCGUGGCUCUGAGGGAGAUCCGCCGCUACCAGAAGUCCACGGAGCUGCUGAUCCGCAAGCUGCCCUUCCAGCGGCUGGUGAGAGAAAUCGCUCAGGACUUCAAGACCGACCUGCGCUUCCAGAGCUCCGCCGUCAUGGCCCUGCAGGAGGCCAGCGAGGCUUACCUGGUGGGGCUGUUCGAGGACACCAACCUGUGCGCCAUCCACGCCAAGAGGGUCACCAUCAUGCCCAAAGACAUCCAGCUGGCCCGCCGCAUCCGCGGGGAGAGAGCUUAGACCGUCUCCCCUGUAACCACAACGGCUCUUUUAAGAGCCACCAACAUCACCACUAAAGAGCUGCUUCCAGCAAUUUUAUUAAUAGUUGCUACAUUGUUGCAAAGGCAAGCACAACAUGAUUCCCUCAAUUAAUAGUUUAGCUCUUCAACUAUAAUUAAUAGGCUACAUCUAAUGAGCAGUAUAAGAUCUUAAACAUACACUAGUAUAAUUAGUUUUUAUAACCUGU